CAAAUUGGGGUUUUAACCUUAUAUUUUUUAUAUGAGUUUGAGGUUAGGGGGAGGGUGAGAUGCAAGACCCCAUAAUCUUGUGGAAAAACUUGAGCCAAACGGGCAGUGUGAAUGAGUAUCAGAAGGAUUUUGAAAGGAUCAGGGUUAGAGUGAAGUGCAGUGAGAAACAAGCAGCUUUUAUGUUUGUAGGAGGCCUGAAAGAGGAGUUGCAGCAUUCUGUGACUUGCUACAAUCCAAAGUCAGUUGUUGAGGCUUAUGCAAUAGCCAAGCACCAGGAAUUGUCUGUCAAUUCCAUUAUUGAGAAGUCCAGAAACCUCCCACAGACUGAAUUGGAAGAUAGGAAGCAGAAAGGAUUGUGCUUUUGGUGUGAUCAAAGAUAUACUAUGGGUCAUAGAUGUUCCAAGAAGAAACUGUAUAACUUGGAGAUAUAUCCUGUUGAUGAGGAAGGUGCAGUAGAAGCAGAAAAUUUGGAUGAGGGAAUGGGCUUGAACCAGAUUACUGUCAUUGACAAGACCAAACCAGUGGUUUCAAUUCAUUCUUUAGAUGCUAGAACAACUUAUAAUGUUUUCAAGGUGAUAGGUUCAGUUGAUAACAAACCAAUUUUGAUAUUGAUAGAUUCAGGGGGCACUCACAAUAUAUUGAAUGAAGAAUUGGUAGCUGAGCUUGGGCUUGAAACAACAAAAACUGAGAGCUACCUGAUUUUCAUGGCUGAUGGAUUCCAUGUGGCAGAGAACAUGUUUGAAAAGUUUCAAGAAGGCAAAUUGUUAGCAACCAGUCCAAAGAAGGGGCAAUGUGCAGUGGCCACGUUUUCAUUAGAGCAAGCUUUAUUUCAGGAUAAGUUGGUUGGAGCUGGAGCUUGGAUAGAUAAACAAGUGCUGAAAGAAUUGGUUAGACAAAAUGCUGAUUCAACAUCUUCUUUUGGUACUUUAUUCAAUAAUGAAUAUCAGUGCUUCUCUUCUGCCACCCAUUAGAUUUCUCUCUUGUCUAUGCUAUUCUCUCUCUGAAUUUUAGGGUUUUCCAUCUCUAUUUCUUUCUCUUCCUUCCCCUCUAUCUCAGUGCUCUCCACGUUUCCUUUAUUAGGACAAUCCAUCCAAAAUUCCCUUGUUCCAUAUAAAAACUUCAUUAUACU